AAAGAACUAGACAUGCGACUCAAGAAUAUUAAUUGGCUAAUUGGUAACAAAUCAGUGUUAUCCAUCGAAAAUAAGUUACUUAUCUAUAAACAAGUACUCAGACCGAUAUGGAGCUAUGGUGCACAACUCUGGGGAUGUAACGGGUGAUUUUUUUGAGGUUAGGAUUUUCAUGCAUUAGUAUUUGACAGAUCACGUGGGAUUUCAGACAUGGUGUCAAAGAGAAAGAUGCUCAGUAUGCUUUGACAUUUCAUCAUGAAUAGACUUACUAACGAGCAACGCUUGCAAAUCAUUGAAUUUUAUUACCAAAAUCAGUGUUCGGUUCGAAAUGUGUUUCGCGCUUUUUUAUCGACAAAUUUUGUUCAGCGAUGAGGCUCAUUUCUGGUUGAAUGGCUACGUAAAUAAGCAAAAUUGCCGCAUUUGGGGUGAAGAGCAACCAGAAGCCGUUCAAGAACUGCCCAUGCAUCCCGAAAAAUGCACUGUUUGGUGUGGUUUGUACGCUGGUGGAAUCAUUGGACCGUAUUUUUUCAAAGAUGCUGUUGGACGCAACGUUACGGUGAAUGGCGAUCGCUAUCGUUCGAUGCUAACAAACUUUUUGUUGCCAAAAAUGGAAGAACUGAACUUGGUUGACAUGUGGUUUCAACAAGAUGGCGCUACAUGCCACACAGCUCGCGAUUCUAUGGCCAUUUUGAGGGAAAACUUCGGAGAACAAUUCAUCUCAAGAAAUGGACCCGUAAGUUGGCCACCAAGAUCAUGCGAUUUAACGCCUUUAGACUAUUUUUUGUGGGGCUACGUCAAGUCUAAAGUCUACAGAAAUAAGCCAGCAACUAUUCCAGCUUUGGAAGACAACAUUUCCGAAGAAAUUCGGGCUAUUCCGGCCGAAAUGCUCGAAAAAGUUGCCCAAAAUUGGACUUUCCGAAUGGACCACCUAAGACGCAGCCGCGGUCAACAUUUAAAUGAAAUUAUCUUCAAAAAGUAAAUGUCAUGAACCAAUCUGAAAUUUUAUGCGUUUUUUUUUUAAAAAAAGUUAUCAAGCUCUUA